GGUUGAGUAAAACAUCAGCAUCUUGGAAAGCCAUUGAUCCAAAUCAGAUAUUUGGAGAAUGAGUUUCCAUUUUGUGAUAAAAAAAACAUAUAACUUUUUUACAACUUUAAAUAGUGUCUGCAUCAAUAGCAGUGAAUGUAGUAGGUUAUGAAAAUUGAUUUGGUCUUCCAAAGCAACGUUUUCUGUCUGGUACUGUCUCAGCACCUGAAGUCCUCUCCAGUGGCAUCCAGUGCAAUUGGAGUAGAGCUCCUGUCAUUGUAUGCCAUGUCUGUUAGCUGGGCAGCUAUUGAAGUGAAGGGAGAAACAAUAAUACGAGAAACAAUAAUACAUCUGAAAUUACACAGAAAUUCCAGUAUCUUGAGCAGUAUCGUUGCAAAUGAAUAAGACGUAACAAAUCCUACUGAGUUGCAGGACAGUUGCUUUUCCAGGAGGCAUGAGCUGGAUGCCCUGAGCAAAGUACACAAUUGUUAGAUUAGUACAAGCUGAUGAAGGAGAUCCAAACAUAAAUGUAGAAAAUGAGGAAGAGAGAGAUCGAUCUAGUUAAUGAGUAAUUCCUGGCCAUAUUGCAGGUUUGAACAAACAAUGCAGUCUCCCAACAGUAAGGACAGUAUCUCAGCUUAAAGACUUUCCUGCACAAGUAUAUUAUUCAUUCCUCUCACCAAGAAGAAAAUGAAAAACAAGACAAGCUGUCUUCCACAAGAAGCAGGGGCACGUCCUUCCAGAUGUCCGGAUAACAGCGCAUUCAAACAACAGAGGCUCCCAGCUUGGAAACCCCAGCUCACCAUUGCGACCGUGCUCUCCAGCUUCUUCCUCACAGGCGCGUUCUGCCUUUCUGUCGGAAUCUGCCUCAUCCUGUCCGCAAACAGCAUCAGAGAAUUCCAGAUUAAUUAUUCAGAUAAAUGCUCAGAGUGUUCAAAACUCCGUGAAAAUACCUCUAAUUGGAAUAAGGAAUGCCACUGUUCCGUUAAUUUCACACUAAAGGAAGAUAUGUUGGGUGAUGUUUUUAUGUACUACGGCCUUCAAAACUUCUACCAAAACCACCGUCGAUAUGUGAUAUCAAGAAGUGAUGCACAGUUGUUGGGUCAAAAUGUGAAUAUUGAGAAGAGCUAUUGCGCACCCUUCACCACCUACCAAAAUGGGACACCCAUGGCUCCAUGUGGUGCUAUUGCCAACAGCAUGUUCAAUGAUACUAUUGAUCUUUUUUACAAUCUUAACUCAUCUGUUGUUCAAGUACCACUGCUGAAGACUGGAAACAGUUGGUGGACAGAUAAAAAUGUGAAAUUUCGCAAUCCUAAAUCAGACAAUCUCUCUUCUGCAUUUGCAGGGACAGCAAGACCUCCUUACUGGCAGAAACCCGUAUAUUUGUUAGAUGAGGAAGAUGAAAGGAACAAUGGUUAUGUAAAUGAUGACUUCAUAAUCUGGAUGCGAGUGUCAGCCUUUGCUACGUUCAGAAAUCUUUACCGUCGUGUCGAACGGGUAAAGCAGUUUGUGAAUGGCCUCCCAGCAGGGAAUUACACUUUUCAUAUUUCCUAUAAUUUCCCUGUUACCAAAUUCAAGGGAAGGAAGCAUGUGAUUCUUUCAACCGUGGUGUGGAGCGGAGGAAGUAACCCAUUCCUGGGAAUUGCCUACGUGGUUACCGGCACAGCAGCAACCCUGAUGGGCUUUGUCAUAACUGCCAUCCACUUAAAGCUCAGAAAAAAGAAAACAUACUUUCAGAAGUAAUAAGGUUCCCUGGCUUUCUGAACAAAGGCAAAGGCAUGCAGUGAACAAAGACCAUGCAGCACACACCUCUCAUCCUUUCCCCUGAGCUCUGGAUCUGUUUCACUGACAGGUUUGGUGAACAUAAGUGAAUUGAGGGAAAGUGCUGGUCCAUUAUCCAAACCCAGACUUACCUGAGGCUGCAUUCUUAUUAAUGUAUGUGUGCUCCUAAAUUUGUUUCCUGGGAAACUUGUAUUGAGAUGAGCUACAAAUGACAGCAUAGCCGGUUAGAAUUGCAAUGGCGAAGGAAUUAUAUGGUACUAAUAUCUGGCCAGAAGUAAGGGUCCAUAUUAAUUUCUUACUCAGCCCUUAAUUCAUAAAAUAUUUAUCUUGACUUAAAUGCAGCUUUGAAUGGGUCAAAAGGGGAAGGCUUCACCCAACAAAAAGCUUGAGCAGGUAGAACUUGGUGCUAAGAUCUGUUUGUGGGCCACCUGUGAGCUGAUUGGCUUGGCUUAGGUUUUAUAUGCCUUUUUCAGCUAUCCUGAAAAAGCAACCAGCUUGGUGCAGCAUAUUCAUCACAGUUUGGUACACACAGUUUGAUUGAAUACAGGGCAUUUUUAGGAGAUUAGGGUUUGUUUAAACACAGUUUGUUGGUUUUAUAUAGGUACUGAGAAAAACCUGCAAAGCUAGAGGGCAUCAAGACACUGAUUUAUAUGUGUUAUUAGGAAGCUUAAUUUAAAAACUCCUUUAAUUCUAGACAUUUUAGCAGAAACAUCUACCUAAUAUAGCUAUUAGGCCACAAUUGCACUCCUACUUACCCCACCCUUCCACAUAAAGGUCCACAGACUCUUAAGUGACAUGAAAUGUCUCUUCCCCUUUCAAGCCCUUAUUUCUGUGGUGUGGCGACUUAUUGUCAAUAGAAAACAAAGCAUCAGAAAAAUCUGUCAACUUGCUUUUCAGAAAGUAAACACUGCAGCUUGUGAAUAGGCUUAUCAUUUUCAUGUUUCAUUUUCAAAGAGUUAUUUCCAGUCUUGCAAAAUGUAGGAAAAGCACUGAAGAAUUUAGGUCAAGUAUACCGUGGUACAUCUGAAUUUUUUAAAAUAAAGAAAAUAAUUUGAAAAUAAUAAAACACUUUAGUUCCUUUGAUUACUAUCCUGUGUGCCUUACCUGUCCCCCCGCCAACAAAACAAACAACCUCCACAGUAGAACAAGAAAGAAAUCACAGAUAAGAGCAAGAGAAGGGAAUGUGCCACAGGGAGGCUGGACGCUACUGUCAGAGACACCCAUGUCUGCUUUUACAAGUAUCUCAGGAGCUUGUGACCUUUGGCAGAUGGGCUUCUGGUGAACCUCAGUGCAGUCACAGAAGGUACCGUUUCCUUUAAUCUCUGCUUCAUAAUUGUGCCACAAGCAGCUUAAGGGGAGCUGCUCAAGUUAGUACAGUCUUGUACCAUCAGUGCUUUACGCUGACCUGUUGGGUGAGGUGCGUGUCCCCAGCUGCUUUUCCUGGUUGGGGCCAGUCACCUCCAUCAGAAAGCUGUAGAAACAGAGUUCCAGUAUUUGAAACCCUUGCAUCUAAAUCUGCCAGCAGCUGUGGGAGAGCCCUGCCCCUCACUGGACUGGACAUGAAGCAGUACAUUUAGCAAUGCUUAAGCUCAUUAGUCUAAAUCACUUUCAACAAUGAGACACGCUCCUAAACCUUUUAAGUCCUUUUGAAAAUGUAAUUCCAUGCAGCCCUCUGGAAAGCCCUGAUGGGUGUUGCUGCCAAAGCUGAACUCAGGAUUUCUGGCUCUGCACAGACCACAGGAGCCUCUUUCUUCUUCUCUUUCUUUUUUCCUUUUUUUGAUCCUCCAAGAAACUGGCUUUCUGGGAAUGAUAUGUCAUCUGAGUGGUUAAGUCACAGUGCAAUUGUCACUAAUUUUGUUUCUUCAUGAAGUAUCUGGUAAAAAUGCUAGUAAAAGGAGAAUAACGAGGUAUGUAUUUCAGUGAGUCAGUGUACACAGUCUAGCAAAUAGUGCUUACAGUUUGCCCAUUAUCUCCCAGAGGUUUGUGCAAGAACCUCUUCUCUUGAAAUGUACAUUGUCCUCAAACGCCUCCACAGGGAAAACCUGUCUUCAAACAAAUCUUCCUCUUUCUAUUAUUCCAGAGACUGUCUAAGUCUUUGUUUAUAAACCCCAAAACUCUUUUUCAUCUUACCACAGCUUUAAACACAUCUUACAUCUUUUUGUACCCUCUGAACAGUAUCCCUGGAAGCUGCUGCUUGAGCUUGGACAGUUAUUGUUGUUAACUCUGAGCAUCUCUGUAGUGUUUGUCUUGUCAUUUUGGAUUUUGCUCCCCAAACCAGAGCAAUGGAAAUGGCAGUUUUGAUUAACUACUCCCAGCAAAUGGAAUCUGCCUUGCUCAAAGGGUGGAAAAUAAAAGUUUUAGCAAUCUCCUUACACUGCCUUUUGUGCCAGUGCUACAGCUAUGCUGUUGGUCUGCUCCUUGUGCCAGAACUUGCAUGAAUGUGCCUUUUCAUGAAGAUUUUGUAGAUGUGUUCCUCAGUUCCCCCAUUGGAGAAUACCCCUCUACCUAUACGAAAUGUUUAUUGGAAUUUUUUUUAUGCUGCUGCCACAUUAUUCCCUCUUGUGCAGAGACUGAAACAGAAGUGAGAGGCCUGGGUGAAGAACUGGCCUAACAUAACAAAGAUAGUAAAAGGCAUCAUUAGUUGCUCCUUGUUGUGACAUAUCCCAGGGGGUUAUCCCCUUUUGUCACCUGCUGAUACCAGCAGGAAGCAUGACUCCAGACAAAAAUCCAGUGUGAUUUUGAAAUAGUUUAUUCGGGCUAUUAGGAGACCGUUAUGUCAAAUUGAUCAGGGAAGCAUACUGAGAUCUGGAGAGUAGAGGCACGAAGGAACCAGAGAUGUUGUGCUUUUACUGAGGUACAAAUUGCUUUUAAAACACCUGGCAUGUCAUGACCAAUGCUGUGCUUUUGGCACAGUGCUGCUUUUGCCUUGCUCAUUUGAUUUUAUGAAUUAAGAUAAUGUGCCUUGAGUAAAGGAAAAAAGCCCUGGUAAAACUUUUCAAAAUUGAAUUUUAUUUAGCUUAUCUAUCAAGCAUAUUUCCACCAAUAGUAAGUGAGCCUUUUUCUAGGAGAGAUUAACUUAUGUAGACUUGUCAGUUCAGUACAUAGAUGUCUGGAUUCAAGACUGCUGAAUGAAAUUAAGAGUUGUACCUGGAAAGUGUAAGUCAGCAGCACCACUGUGAGUGCUACAUCACAAAGCCAUAAAAGACUUAUUGCCAUGAUUUCUAAUAUUUUGGCAUAUCAAAAUUAUUAAAUUGUUUGAAUAUCUUUCCUGCAGAUGCCACCACUUCAGAAGAUAGCAUAAUACUUUUAUUUUUUUUCUUUCAAAGAAAAAUGCUGGUUGCUUUGUUACUGCUACUUAAAGCCUUAUCUUGCAUCAUUGUCAUACAUUCAGUCCCUUUGAGCUAAUAGAACUUUGCCUAUUUCUUUCACUCUCAAGAAAAGAGAGAUGCGUGUCAGAAAUGGAGUGUAAGUUUGGUGGACUGAAAUUAAUAAUACCAUAGAUGCCUAAAGUGCUGGAAAGUGCAUUUUUUUUUCUUUUCUUUUCCUAAUCUUUUUUCUAGAACAGAUAAAGGAGGACAUUAUUCCAUUUUUUUUUUUCUUUUGGGGAGUGGAUAUUUAAUAAAUGGAAAACUGGACAAAGGAUUCCUGUUAGUACAUGUAUUAUAAUCUAAACUUAAAUGGUAAACAUGGAACUAAAGUAGGUGAGCUAAAUGCAAUAUAAGUUUCUGGGUUUGGGUUUUUUUAAAUAAAUGUUGUCAUUUGUAAUUUUGAAGAUGACAGUUACACGUGGGAGCACUUUGUCUUGUGGAGAUCCAUAGUUCAGUUUACAGUAGCAAAAAUAUCUGGGGGAGAAAAGAACCCAUUAUUAUGAAAAACCUAUGUGCAAUUUAAAUCUCAUUUCUAAAUUACAGGGAGGUAUAAGAGACAGCUGUAUUUUAAUGUCAAAAACUGUUGUACUACUUUUGGUUGCCAGCUCCCUUUAGGAUUGAAUUUCAUUAAGGGGAUUUAUAUAUAUACAUAUAUAGAGAGACAUAAAAGUGAAGCAAGAGUUACAGGAUAUUUCAGUAGCACUUCAGUUACAGAAUUUUUCCAGAUCUUUUUCAGGCUUUACAGUUUCAUGCAUAUACGUUCAAUAUCUAUCUGCCUUUGUUGUUUUUUCUGUGUUCUAAACAUAGACAUUUGCUUAACUCAUCUCAUCUAAAAAUAAAGGAAUGAGUCCUUCUUGUGAAACAGACCAGCAUGAUCACAGACCUGUAGAAUCUGGAAAAAUUAGUUACAUGCUGCAUCUAUUUUAUAUAAACAGCUGUGUUGCAUGGAGGUGAUUAAUAAUAGCCCUUGGAUGGGGUGCCAUGUAUUUUAAUAACACAUGAAAUUUUUCUGUCCUUUCCCUGAGAAAUUGAAGUAAUACCAGAGUAAAGUCAAAGAGGGCAGUUCAGGGAAGGGAGGGCUUGGAAAGUUUUGGUGAUGUAAAGAGAGAUUGCGUACAAAUUUUGAUUUUAAGUUUAGAUCUAAAAUAUGAGGAAGUAGUUGCUUGUCAUAUUACAAGAAGGUGCUGUCAUCCUCAGCUGGGAACAGUGAGGUGUGAGAGACAGAGCUAUUUGAGAAAAAGCUGUAAGGAGGAAAAAUGGUGGAAGUGAAAAGAUACUGUUUCUGCUCUUGGAUAUGGAGGCAAAGAAAUCCACCUGAGCUGCUUAAGAUUAUGGUGUAUCCUGACAUGUGAUCUCGAUAGCCCAUAUGAUUUUGAGGAGCAGCCAAGCUAAGUAAAAAAAGGUCUCGGUUUUCAAGAGAAAGUGCAUACUCCCUGAACUAUGGUGCAGAGUUUUGAGCUAAAGUGUUUUGACUCAGUUCUCUCUAAUUGCAUAAUUCCCUGCAAUUCCAAGAACAAUUUUGUUAUAAGCUGGGAGUGCCUUGGGCACUUUGCUUUGGUGGCCUCUUGUUUUCAAGAGAGGGAUUGUUGGGCAGUUUUUCUUUACUCUGUGUCCUGCAUUCUCCUCAGGCUAUGGGAAAUAAGGCAGAGGAAGAGUGGGGCUCAUUUGGCUUUUGCUUACAUUUAUAAGUACAUGAAAAAAGUUUUCUCCCAUUUCCCUGUCUAGCCAGCUAGGAGAGGAAAAGGACAAUAGGUCUGAUUAUGGUCCAGUGCAAGUAGGGGCAAUAUUGAAAUGAUAUCAAAUGGUGGUUGCCAUAGGUAAAGAAAUCAAAAUACCUCAUACGCUGUAAAGCUUAUAUUUCAGACAACUCUAAUCAAAAUAUCUGCAUAUCUACUAUGUACUUUAUUGACAAACAAACAGCAUGAAACAAGAUUGUAAAAGGUCAUUUAUACUCCGUUUCAAUUGCAGCCAUUCUCUUUACAUUGAAGUGCCUAAGAUGACCCAUUUCAAACUGAAACAAUUAAAAAAAACUGAAAAAAAAUAAGGGGUUCGAAUGUGUCACACCCAGCUACUCAAAGUUAGUUUCUCAUUACACACAGGAAUCAUAGUGGGGAAAAAUGCAAAUGUUACAUUAACAGCUCUGUUAAACCAGUUAUAACAGUGGGGGAUUCAGGGUUUAAGAUUAGGUUAAAAAAUCUUGAGGUUUCUCAAAUAACUUACAUGAAUCCCUGGGCAUUCUAUGGGUUGUAGUAUUAGUGACAAUUAACCUGAAAACACUGGAAAAAGAAAUGGGUCAAAAAACCCAGAAUGGCUAAAAGAAAAAAAGGAAGGAAGUAAAUAGUACCUGCCUGUAGCCCCAGUAGUCAUAAUGAGUUAACAUUUGGGUGAGGUGUAUUGAGCUGCUGUCAAAGCCUCCGAGGUAAAAUGUGGCAGUUGACAGUGCAGAGGAAAGCUUCAAAACAGCUCAGGACAAUAAUAACAUCUGCAGUUAAUAGCAUUUCUCCCCGCAGUGGGUGUGCCGAGAUAUUUGUCACAGUGGCAGGAGGACAACGGGACCGUGUCCCCCAGCGCUGGGCGAAAGCAUUGAUUUAACACUGGGCACCAAGGAAAUGCACUGGCAGUUGCUUCAUCCUGUUGGGUGGCAGGGUGUGUUUCAGUCAUGUAAUUAGGUUACAGUCCCCAUGUGGGCUGGCUUUUGCUGGCCUGCGUUGUGCCAUCCAAAUGUGGGACAUCCAGAAGGAGAUUGAGUCCCCUCCCAGGUGUUUGCUGAAAGCAGCGUGUGCUGCAAGAACGCCUCUGUGGCUCUGAACCUCUGUAGUGGUCUGAAUUGCGUACGGAAAUGUAGAAAAGGUGAGGAAGGGGGAAGCACGCCAAGGUAGUGCUGUGCGCAGUUUAUCUGUUUUGGAGGCUGCCAAAGUGACACACCGUCAUAAGAAAGCGGCCCAUGGACAAAUCAAGUGGUGGCAUGAGUGCUUUUGCGGAUUUGUCUUAGUUCAGAUCCUAGGUAUUU